AUAGGAAAAGUCAAAGGCCAGCGCGGGUGGACUCCACUGCACAUGGCCUGUUACUUCGGGCACAGAGAAGUGGUCGAGAUAUUAAUAGGUCACGAAGCAGAUGUGAACAUUCAAAAUGAUAGCGGCGAUACAGCGUUACAUAAGGCGGCGCUGACGGGUCGAGGGGACAUAGUGCAGUGUCUGCUGGCACGAGGGGCAGAUACACGGAUAAAAAAUGCCACAGGCGAGUUACCGGCCACACUGGCGCAAACCAAGGAGCUCAAAGACGAACUAACAAAUGCUACUCAGGUGCAGCGGCAUAGGAGAGAGUCUGUGUUUCUCGAGGCAGCCAGAAAGGGGGAUAUCCAGGAGUUUGAGACCGAAUACAAGCGGAGUACAUGCCUGGACAUAAACUGUGCCGAUGACAUGGGCAACACACCUCUGCAUUUAGCCGCCAAUAGAGGCCAUAAGGAUCUGGUAGUUUGGCUGUUGCAGAACGGUGCCAGGAGCCUGCGGAAUGCAGCUGGGAAAACACCGGCAGAAAUAGCGUACAGUGAUCAGCUACGGCAACUGUUGGAGAGUUUAAGCUCGUCUGUGGGUAUGCGCGGGAUACUCUUCCGAUUCCACACAGUGCUGCGGCGGUGGCGCAAACGUGGUGUGGUGUUGAGGAAGGGAAUGCUGCGGUUCUACCAGGUCAGUGGCAACAACGACUUCGAGGAUUUAAUCGAUGUCUACACUCUGUCAAAGCACUCUGUAAUUGAUGUCACCAACGAGAGCAUCUUCGAGUUCGUGGUUGAAACGAAAACCUCCAAACUCAAGCUACGCGCCGAGACCGAGCACGAACUAGCACGCUGGAUGGCGUCCUUUCAGCAGUACAGCGGCGAUAUCACUAUCAAAGGAUUCACCAAGACACACGUGCACACACACGCCCACGCGAGCCCGCACCCCAACGCUGUUCACAUGAGUCUGGAGGCGAUUCCGGAGUUGUUGGUGUCUGCGGCCAAGCUGCGGCAGUCUGUAGCGGAGCUUGUGAAAGAUGCGGAGGUCAAGGCCCUGGAGUUACCCGAAGGGCUGGAACGGGACAGCGCCGUAGCCGUGGCCCAACAGUUUGAGGUUCCCCUGAGGCAGAUACAUACGCUGAUCUCAUCGCUGGGUGACGUCACAACAACACUCAGUCAGAAGGAGAAGAUGUGGGCGCACGAGUUGCAGCGAGAGCGCCAAGCGAGGGUUAUACUCGAAGAAUCACUCAAGGUACUUGCAGUCCAACACAAUGAUCUGGAGACCAUCGCCGAUAUAGAUCACGCCCUCCUCAGAGAAGCCGGGGGUGGGGAUGCCGAUGGCAGUGAGGCCUUUUACGAUGCCGUGUCGGUCAUAGACGCCAACGAACCGAGGGUGAGCAUACCUGAGAUAGAGCCCAGUCGCACACGCCCCCCACGCACCACACUCCCAGCGCCACAGACAGACCAGGCCGCUCUCUCGGUCUGGAGUGUACUCAAGCAGUCGGUAGGUAAAGACCUGACCAAGAUCUCCAUGCCUGUGGUGUGGAAUGAGCCGUUGAGUCUGCUGCAGCGCCUUUCCGAAGACCUGGAGUACCAUUCACUGCUGAAGAUGGGCAGUGAUGUGGUGGCAGGCAAGACGCCAUCGUCCCCUCUGUUGCUGUGCUCCACCGAGAGUGAGCGAGCACAGACGCAGAUGCUGUAUGUCGCAGCGUUUGCGGCUUCCACUUACUCGUCUACGAGCCAUCGCGUGGGCAAGCCUUUCAAUCCGCUCCUGGGCGAAACAUACGAGCUUGUUCUGGGAUCUAAUCGCUUGGUUUGCGAACAGGUGAGCCACCAUCCACCCAUCAGCGCCAUUCAUGCUGAAGGCGAGACGUAUGAGAUACACGGGUGGUCGGAUGUGAAGACCAAAUUCUGGGGCAAAAGCAUGGAAGUACUGCAGAGGGGUGGACAGCACCUGAGGUUCAAAUCACCGGACAGCACUGUACCCGGGCACCACUACUCGUGGAACAAGGUGACCACCUCCGUCAAUAACAUUAUCAUAGGCAAGCUGUGGCUGGAUAACCACGGACUAAUGACCAUCACCAACCACACCACCGGAGACACCUGUGAGCUGGACUUCAAGCAGAGCGGCUGGUUCAACAAGAACAUGUUCUGUGUAGAGGGCCGUGUGCUGGAUUCGCAGGGUAACUCCGUGUAUCAUAUCUCGGGUAAGUGGAACGAGAGCCUAUGGGCUUGGCCCUCUACGGCGACCAAGAUAAGCCUCCCGGAACUAAAGAACGCCGUGCGCAUCUGGCAAAUACACGCGCCUCUGCCCGACAAGGAGAGGAUGUACAACAUGACGCGAUUCGCAGUGACACUCAAUGAGAUGCCGGCAGACCCCUCUGAGCUUGCACGCACGGACUGUCGCCUAAGACCCGACCAGCGGUGCUUGGAAGAAGGUGAUGUGGAGAAGGCAGCGGACGAGAAAGUCAGACUUGAAGAGAAACAACGCGCCGCCAGGAAAAUUCGUGCCGAGACAGGCGAGGUCCACAAACCGAUGUGGUUCGAGGAGGUCUACGACGACGUGUUUCAGGCCACAGGCUACCGGCCGACGGGAGAAUUCUGGAGGGCGAAACACGAAGCCAGCACCAAAUGGUCGGACAUCUACUAGUAUCUGGUAGUUCGCCCACAUAGGACCUUUAAGCAUGGGCAAAGUCGUUCUGAAACGAUCGGGUUUCCAUAAAGUUAGUUAAUUGCAAUAAAAACUAGG